AUGGUUGAGCCCUUCUUGGGAACCUGGAAGCUGAUCUCCAGUGAAAACUUUGAGGAAUACAUGAAACAACUAGGAAUGAGCGCAGCAGCCCGGAACCUGGCGGUGUUAGCAAAGCCGAUAAUCAGUAUUAGUGCCAACGGGGAUGAAGUGAACAUCAAAGUAGAAAAUUCCCUCAAGAACACUGAAAUCUCCUUCAAACUGGGGGAAGAAUUUGAUGAAAUCACAGCAGACAGUCGGAAAGUGAAGAGCAUCGUAACAUUAAGCAAUGGUUCAAUGAUUCAUGUCCAAAAAUGGCUUGGCAAGGAGACAACAAUCAAACGACAAAUUGUAGAUGGAAACAUGGUAGUGGAAUAUACCAUGAAUAAAACUGUCAGCACUCGCAUUUAUGAAAAGGUAUGA